AUGAAAAGAAAUACAAGAGACCCAAAACAAGUUGAUAGAUCGAUAUUUGACGGUUCUACAGAGAAAAACGAAUUUAAAGUCUAUUUAGAACAGAACCAAAUACUGACUCAAACUAAACGAAUUAAAAUCGCUGAAUUAAAUUUCAAUUCUCUAAGAUUUGACCAUCAAUAUAAAAAAUACGCAAAAGUUAAAUUUAAUGACAAUGGUCAUGAGACAAAGGAUCUGAAAACGUUUUUAAUAGAAUUACAAGAUAGUAUUAAAGAACAUAGUGAAUAUUUUUAUCAAACAGAUUUACCAUAUGGUACAAGAGAAGAGGAAGGAAAUAAAAUUCGAAUAUUUUUAAAAGAUAAAAAUAUCCUCAAAUCAGGCGGACUUGCCAUUCAUAAUUAUGGUAAUAAGCAAGAAGAGAUAGAUAAACUGUCAGAUGAAAUUUUAGAAGAUAGUGGUUAUGAAAAUGACAAGAAACUAAUUCAAUCGAAACUAUCAGUUUUACAAGGAGAUAUUCGUUCAUAUAAAGGUGGUUUAAAAGCAACCCUUACAGAUUUUAUUGAUCUUCCAGAUCAAGAAAUUGUUCCAACUGAAUUAAAUUUUUUUCAAGGACUUGCUCUGAAUAAGUUUUUAAUUAUUAAAGAAGAUAAAUCCUGGUGGGAUUGGAAUGCAUUUGCCGUUGCAAUGAUAGGACUUGCCCAAGUCAUUGCCGGCGCAGUCUUAAUCUCAUUCGGUGCUGUUAAUAUAGGAGGUGCUCUAGUUGCCGAAGGCAUUUCUGAUAUGGUAUAUGAAACCAUGGCAGGACUAUCAGGAUAUACCAGCGUUCAUAAUUUAUUUACAUUAGUAAAUAAUACCAAUGAUCUUGUGCCAACUAUAGAUCAACUGAUAUCAACACCAACUGCAGAAGAAAAUGUGAUUUUACCAUCGAAAAUAAUCAUUCCAUAUAAUAAUGAUAAUCCAAGUAUUACAAUGUCUGCAACAAUCAAUGAAAAUAAUGUUCUUAAUGAACCACUUUCGUUACAAAAUAGUCUUCGAUCACAAAAAGGCAUCGAACGAUAUCAAAAUAAUAAUGAUCAAUCAACAAUGAAUAGAAUCGCAAAAGAACUUGACAAAACAAGUCAACGUUUACAUGAAGUACAAGAUAUUCCAUUUGGAAAGGACGAGGGAGGGUGA